AUGGGAGAGUUGUGGUAUAUGGCAUGUAAUGUGGAGCAAACCCACUCUUCAAGUAUAAAUACACAGUCACAGGCUCAACUAAGUGCCUCUGUACCCCUGUGCUCAGUACUCAGCAAAGUAUCUAUGAUGUUUGGGGCUAACUAUGUGUUUUUGAAUUUUGGUCAGGCUUUUCAUUGCCGCAGGGUAAAGGCAUACCUUUUCAAUAAUUCGGUGAAUAUAACUUAUGGACCUCAUGAGGAGAGGAUGAUGCUCUCUGGAAUGCACACUGUAGUGGAUAUAUUCUGCUGCUGUUGCGGACAGAUUAUUGGCUGGAAAUAUGAGUCUGCACAAGAAAAGAGCCAAAAGUACAAAGAAGGAAAGUUUGUCCUCAAAAGGUACAACCCUUCAGUAAAUUAUAGUUGCUUCUUCGUGCUUAAUAUCCGGCUUGAAACUCUUCUCACUCGUCAAAUUUCCUGGGCAUGUUGAUG